AGCGUGUUAUGUGUGUAUGUGUUUUUUCUUUUAGCAGCUGGACAGAAGCGAUCACCAAAAAAGCUUUGUCAUGUUUCACACUCUGCCCGUGUGUGUGUGUGACAGCCACCAUUAGUCAGCAGGACACACACGGCUCCUCACUUUCUGUCCUCGUUUGAAGAUUAACCGACCGGAUGUUGUUUUGAAACCCCCAGCUCUCCGUCCUCUCCCUCUGUCUGUCUGUCUCUCUGUCUGUCUCCCUCUCGCACACUCGGUCCUCGUCCUGUCGCGCUGUUUGUGUGUCGGCCGCCUCUGUUUUUUUAGUGAUAAUGGCUGUUAAUAAAACACACGUCAGUAUCGGCUAUGCCUCCUUCGGCAUGCUCAUGGGCUUCUCGGCUUUCCUCGUGUGGAACAUCGCGUACAAACAGCCGUGGACCGCAGCCAUGGGGGGACUGUCAGGUGUGCUAGCACUUUGGACCCUGAUCACUCACGUCAUGUACCUGCAGGACUACUGGAGGACGUGGCUCAGGGGCCUCAAAUUCUUCUUCUUCUGUGGGCUUUUCUUCUCCCUGCUGGCAGUCGUGGCCUUUAUCACUUUCCUGUCUGUCGCCAUCAACAAAAAGGAGUCCCUGACUGACCCUAGCAGUCUCUACCUGUCCUGUGUGUGGAGCUUCAUGAGCCUCAAGUGGUCCUUCCUGCUCGCCUUGUCGGCCCACCGCUACCGCAAAGAGUUCGCCGAUAUCAGCAUCCUCAGUGACUUCUAAGGGCACGUGAAGCAUCCCGCUGUGACCACGCAGAUUUUGGAGAACACUCACUGCGCAGUGUGUCGCAAUCCGAACAUGAUGGAGGAGGUUUUGAGAGGUAUCAGAGGAGAGGUUGAAAUACUUUGAGCUGUGGGUGAGCAACCUGAUCCUUCCCUGCUCUCAAACCUCCCGUCUUUUUUCUUAUGUGUGCAGGACUGUGCCCUGUUUUCUAUGAUAUUUUCACUUCCUUCGCCUCCUGCUUAGUCAUGCGUCCUCCUGACACAACAAAACCAAAAUAUGUUCAUUUUUAUCCAUGACUCAGUGGAAAGGAAACGCUGCCUUUCAGCACACACCCGCAGUUCUAAUUAUUAGCUGCAGCUCUACGCUGCAACCACUAGAGGGUGUCACCCUCCCAACAAUUAAACACAAUGUACAGAAUGUGUCCUUGACAACUUUAAUCAAUGUAUUUUAUUACAUUUCUCCCUCUUAAUUGAGUGAUGAAGAGUUGUUUCCCACCACAAGUUAAACAUGCAGUGGUCAGAUAAUGAAGUAUGUAUAUGUAAAAGAACCGAUCCUGCGUGCUUUUAAGUUGAUGUACAUCAGGGUCUCACAAGAGGGCAGGGCACCCAAAAUCCUCCAGCAUCAACAUGAAGGCUUUCAUGUGCAGUUCCAGAUAAGCACCACAUGUCCUGGUUCAGUGUAUCUCUGGACCACAAGGGGCCUUUUUAAUGUAAAGAAGGAUUUUUGUAUUAUUUUUAUCAGCCUGACAAAAACAAAAGAAAAGCGAGUGUGCGAGUAUGAAAAAAACUCAUUUAUGGCAUCAAUUCACAAUGGCAGUGACACCACUAAUGUGCAUGCAUGUUGCUUUAUGUUAUAUCGUCCUGAUGGGAACCAUUUAUGACAUUUACAUUGUUGCUUCCUGAGAAUAUUUUUCUGUCUUUUAUGUGUUAGUCUGAACAUUAACGGACGUGAAGGAUGGUGUCGUGUAUCCAUGUGUGUGAAUUGACUGAAUGACGGAGUGUGUGUUUGUAUAGGAGUGUCUGAGAGUGAUGUUAAUAAAAUAUGUUUUUGACAUCCUU